AUGGUCGGCUCCAGAAACGUUGCCGGCUUUGGUGUCGAGAGAACCAAGAGCAAUGGCACUGGUCGUCCGGACCAGGCAGAUGUCGAAAGCGGCUUGAAUGGGAGGAACAAACCGAAUCUCUUCAGAUUCAAGGAUGCCGCUCGUACUGCCCUGCACGACAGAAGAAGGGAAGAGCUCAAGCAGAAAAUCUUGGGAGGUGUCGAGAGUGUAGACAUUGAACAGUACAGAAAGUCCAAAGACGAGCUCAAGGAAAUCAAGAACAAGAAAGUCAAGAAGUUCUACGAGGACCAGAACAACCGUCUGGACGACUGGGCCGAAGUCGAUGCUCUGGUCAAGGCAUUGGCCGAUGAUGUCCUCGACAGCAUGAACCCUGAUGCAGACGGCGACGGUCAACAGGAGCGCCAUGGAGGUCUGCAAGAUGCCGACGGCGCCAUCUGGGACUUCCUGCCCGACGAUGUCAAGGAGCACAGGCAAAAGGCAGAGAAGAAGGCUAAGUGGGCCAUCAACAUCAACGUUAUCGCCAACAUCCUGCUUCUGAUCGCUAAGCUUGCUGCCGCUUUCUACUCGUCCUCUCUUUCUUUAAUCGCCUCCCUGGUCGACUCGGCUCUGGAUCUAUUGUGUACCUUGAUCGUCUGGAGCACAAACAGACUCGUCCAAUGGCGUCUCAAAGCACUCCGCAAGCGUUUCCCCGUCGGACGCCGUCGUCUCGAACCCCUCGGUAUCCUCGUCUUCUCCAUCAUCAUGGUCAUCUCCUUCCUCCAAAUCCUGAAAGAGUCGGUCGAAAAGCUCAUGCCUGAUGCUCCUCACGAAGCAAAGGAACUCCCUGCCAUCGCUAUCGGCGCCAUGCUGGGUACUGUCAUCGUCAAGGGUAUCAUCGGUCUAGGCUGCCUGCCCAUCAAGACAACACAAGUCCAAGCUCUGGCCCAGGACUGCAAGACCGACGUCGUCUUCAACACGCUCUCUCUUCUCUUCCCAUUCAUCGGUUACAAGGCGAACGUGUGGUGGCUGGACCCCGCAGGCGCCGGUGUGCUCUCCCUCUUCAUCAUCUACGACUGGGCAGGCACCUGUUUCGAAAACGUCACUAGACUCUCUGGCCAGGCCGCCGACGAGCAGUUGCAGAAGAAGUUGCUGUAUCUCUGUUACCGUUUCUCACCUGUUGUCGAUGGCUUCAAGAGCAUUACUAGUUACCAUGCUGGCGAUGGCAUCUGGGUUGAAAUCGACAUCUUGCUCAGCGACCAGGCCAAGUUGCACAGCACCCACGAUAUUGCAGAGACUAUCCAGUACACUUGCGAGGGUCUGACAGAAGUUGAUCGUUGCUUCGUUACUUGCGACUACACUUCUACUGGCCCUAGUGGUCAUGCUGCCGACUCCGAGAGAGUAUAA